UUUCAGACGAACCAUUGGAUUAUUUCUCUUAAACCAUACAGAUUUCAAACGAAUUGCGGAAAUAUUAAUUACUAUGUCUUCAAAAACAAAACACGAAAUUGGUUAAUAUACAUUUUGUAUGAAGUUUCUGUAUUUCCAGUCGCAAAUAACCCCCCUGUGUGGGACAGAUGGUAUAGCCGCGUCUCGUGAAAAGACGUCUUGUACUCAGAAAAAAAUAUUAAUCAUCAGUGUUGUGAUAUAUACAGUUACCUUAGGAUUUAUAAUUAGAGCUCUAAAAUAAUCGCUGACGAUUUUUAGUGCAGUUAAAGAUGUCUACUCCAGCUAGAAGGCGACUCAUGCGAGAUUUUAAGCGGCUCCAGGAGGAUCCUCCAGCCGGCGUCAGCGGAGCUCCAUCCGAGAACAACAUCAUGGUGUGGAAUGCGGUUAUAUUCGGUCCGGAGGGAACACCUUUUGAAGAUGGUACUUUCAAACUCACAGUUGAGUUCACAGAGGAAUAUCCAAACAAGCCCCCAACUGUGCGGUUUGUCUCAAAAAUGUUUCAUCCAAAUGUGUAUGCUGAUGGCAGUAUCUGCCUAGAUAUUCUUCAGAAUCGGUGGAGUCCAACUUAUGAUGUUUCUUCUAUUCUGACAUCAAUUCAGUCCCUUCUAGAUGAGCCAAAUCCCAACAGCCCUGCAAACAGCCAGGCAGCACAACUCUAUCAAGAAAACAAACGAGAAUAUGAGAAACGGGUUUCAGCGAUUGUAGAGCAGAGCUGGAGGGACAGUUGACCACAUUUACAAACCAUGUUCUCACUGAAACAUUGUUUUCCUUUUGUUUGGCUCUGUUGUUUGGGGAUAGUUUUUCAAAUCUCCAUUUUUAAGUUUUUAUGCACUUUACUCAUGCAAGAUUGUGAUUUUUGUUUUAUUUCUCUCCCACAUUUUUGCCUGGAUUGAUUUUCAACGUUCAUUAAGAUCACUGAAAGGGGAAAUACUCCUGGUGUAUAAUGCUUGACUAAUUUUGCAUAUGGCAUGAACAUGCAGUAAUUGUCCUUUUUUGCAAAAUGCAUAAGCAUCUCUAAAAGAAAAAAAAAAAAUCAAUCAAGGCAGUUUAAUCUGGAUAAAUGAUUUACUAUGAGAGUUUAAUCUAAGUCAUAGUAGUGUUGAUGAAAAUGUUCUUGGUGCUUUGUCAAUUUUAAUAUCAUGGUUUCACUCAAAAAGCAGUUUAAAGUGUCCUUUUAAUUUCGGUUUUGCUUCCAUUUUUCCGGGUUAGUAUUCGUUUUGUUGGUUUAGUCGGCUCUUCUUGGCUCUGCCAGAGGAGGGUUGGUAUGCUACUACAUGAGUGGUGAGCAUCCCUAGUACACACUGAAAACACAUAUAAGAUGUUGGUAGAAGGGCAUGAGGAAUUAUAUAAAGUACCAAAUUAUUGUUGACAGAAAAUGGCAAUAUGUUGUGGAGUAUAAAAUGUAUAUUUACUGGUCGAAAAACUGAGGUUUGCUGGAAUUACGCGAAAUUCAAAAAUAUCCUCCAAAAUCCAGAGAUGCAUAUUAACUGCAGUUAUGUGAUCCUUUCAUAGCUUGCGUCACAAGUCCAAUCAAUCAAGUGAAAUAAUGUCUUCAGGUUUUUUUCCAAGCCCUUUGCAGAUGUAUGCCCUGUUACGUGCAUGAAUGCCUGAGUGUCUCCUUGCCUCUAUUAAUCUCUUGUAUAUACAAAAACACAUCUGAAUUUUGUGUACAGAUUUUGCACUGGUUGGCAAUCUCAUUUUCCAGCACUUGUAAAUACUUAAAUAAAAGGUGAAAAUAC